ACAGUAGAAUCCAAUCAGUGAAGCGGCUGUCAUCUUGUGUCUGAAACUCUGAACAAAUUCCCUUUGCUAUAACAAGGCAUCAACUGAAUAGAUGAUGAAGAAUCGUGGCGCCAUUUUCGGUUUCGGUCGGACCAUCGCUAUAAAUACACAAGUACACAACCCACCCGCUCACGGCUCACGCCACUGGACGCGCCGCGCAACGGCUCCCCACGGUUCCGCGCCACUCACAUGCUUGGCGCUGCGCCGCUGCUAGCUGUUGCAGGGCUGGGGUCGCAGUCACCCACACUCCAUUCUUCGUCUUCCCUUUUCCCCUCCCUUUCCCUCCCCCAACCCAUCAUCCAUCGCCGCAUCGCCCCUCGGUAGCCAUCCCUUCAAGGAAAGGAAAGGUUCCUCAUCUUUCUUUCCUUUCUUGGGAGCCGGAGCCGGGACCGGUGCCUUGCCUUUCCUGCUGUUCCUUCCCCGUCUUGCUGCUUUGAGUGAGUUUCUUCUCCUCGUCGAUUCUUGGUUGCUGAGAGGGUGAGAGGGCGCCGGCGGAGGUCGGCUCCGAUCGCCUGGUCGAUCCGUCGAUUGGCCGGGCAGUGGCGGCUGGCGGCGGUGCGUUUCCGGGAUGGGGCUGCUGUUCGUGGAGCGGCUCGAGGGGGAGGGCGUGUUCAAGUGCCGGCGCUGCCGCGUCGACGCCGCCUCCAAGGACGCCAUCAUCUCCAGGGACUUCUACGGCCGCACUGGCCGCGCCUACCUCUUCGACCACGUUGUGAACAUAUGCCUAGGACCUAAUGAGGAUCGGUAUCUUGUAACUGGGCUCCACACAGUGAAUGACAUCUACUGUAGCUGCUGCCAACAGAUUCUUGGCUGGAGAUAUGAGAAAGCCUAUGACCAAAGCCAGAAAUACAAGGAAGGGAAGUACAUCCUGGAGAGAGCUAGAAUGGUGAAAGACGGCUGACGGUUAAGUCAUUGGAAUGUUCUUGCACUACUGAAAACCCAAGAAGCGCAAACUAUAAAGAUGUUGGGCAGCUUGGGCUCACUGCCGAAUAGCUAGGAAGAUGACUGAUUGCAUAUGCUGUGAUUUGUGGAAUAUUACUGGCUCUGAAUUCUUGUAAGUUGUUAGCAGUGCUAACAUUUGGUGAAUUAUUGGUGACCCGGUGGUGAAUUGAACCGUAAUGAAGCUGAUUUCUCUC